ACUUUGUUAAUGAAGUUAGCGCAAGAUUCGUAUAUUUCAUAAACUCUCUUUCUUUAAUAUUUUCUUUACUCAUUGCCUCUCUUUUUUCUUCUUCUUCUUCCCUCUCUUACUUUAGUUUCUCGUAAUUUUUUGCUUAUGCCCAUACAAAGCUUUCUCCAUGAAGUUCCAAUCCUCUGAACUUCCAAUAGGGAAACCACAAACACGAAGAAAGACGGCACCAAAACUUGCUCCUCUUGUUGCCAUUACAAUCCUUUUCACAAUUAUUCCUAUUUACUACCCUUCUAUACGUUAUUCAUCUCAAAAGAAAAUCUCCGAAGUUAUUUCUUCUAAUUCAGAAGAUACAAUUCAACCUGUAGAAGAUGCAAUUCAACCCGUUGAUCAUUUGGAUAAUGAUUUGCAAGUUAACCAUCCAUGUCCCGUGGAGGACGUCCCCACACAACCUUGUAACGUGCCCAUAAAAGAAGAAGAGGAAGAAGAAGAAAAAGAAAAACCCGAUAAAUUACCUGAAAAAGAUGAGAAAAGUACAAAAUUUGUGACAAAAAGUGACACAACGGAUAAAAAAGUACUACCUGAACCUAGAAAAAAACUUGAGAGACGUGAUCAACGUGCUAGAAAAAAAUCCGGACAACGUGAUUUUACGGUCCCCAAAGUCGUCCCACAAAAAAUAGAUAAGAAGAAACCACCUAAAAAUGGUGAUAUUAGAAAUUUGACGUCUAAAGUAUCAAAUAGUGAAACCUGCGACUUAUUUUCAGGAGAAUGGGUAAAAAAUCCGGAAGGGCCUUAUUAUACAAAUGAUACAUGUUAUGCUAUUCAACAACAUCAAAAUUGCCAGAAAUUUGGUAGGCCUGAUACGGACUUCUUGAAGUGGAGAUGGCAACCUGAUGCUUGUGAGUUGCCAAUAUUUGACCCUAUUCAAUUCCUGGAACUUGUUAAAGGCAAGUCUCUUGCAUUUGUUGGAGACUCUGUUGCUAGAAAUCAUAUGCAGUCAUUGAUAUGUCUCUUGUCCAGGGUUGUAUACCCCGAGGAUAUUUCAGAAACACAAGAUGAAAACAGACGUUGGAUAUACAAAGACUACGACUUCAACAUUUCCAUGUUUUGGGCACCCUAUUUGGUAAGAACUGAAAAAACUGAUCCGAAUGAUGUCACACAACCCUUCAAUUUGUAUCUUGACGAAUUCGACGAAUUCUGGACGAACCAAAUCCAAGGUUUCGAUUAUGUAAUUAUUUCUGCUGGCCACUGGUUCUUCCGUCCAACAAUGUUUUAUUUAAAUCGUCGCCUUGUUGGCUGCCUCUACUGUCCACAAUCCAACGUUAGCCAUGUAACAUCGUAUUUCAGCUAUCGACGAGCUUUUCGGACAGCAUUUCGUGCCAUUAAUAGCCUAGAAAACUAUAAAGGUGUAACGUUUUUGAGGACCUUUGCACCAUCACAUUUUGAGAAUGGGCCUUGGGAUAAAGGAGGAGAUUGUGCAAGGACUAAGCCAUUUAAGAAGAAUGAGAAGGUACUGGAAGAUUACAAUUUGGAAUUUUAUAAGAUUCAAUUGGAUGAAUUAAAGAUUGCACAAAGAGCAGGAAGAAGAACAGGGUUGAAAUUUAGGUUGUUUGAUGCGACACAACCUAUGUUGUUAAGACCAGAUGGUCAUCCUAGUAAAUAUGGUCGAUGGCCUAAUCCCAAUGUUACAGUGCCUAAUGACUGUGUUCAUUGGUGUUUACCGGGACCAAUUGAUGCUUGGAAUGAUUUCUUAGUAGAGUUGUUGAAAAGGGAAGUAGGAGAUUCAUAAUUUGUGUUAAUUUUUUUUUAUCUAUUAGGAUUUGUUGAAAGAAAAUAUCUUUUUUCUUGUUAUCUGGUACUUAAGUGUUUUUUUUUUCUUUGUACUUCCUGUUUCUUUCUUUUGUUUGGUUAGAAGGAGAAAAUUGCUCCACAAAAAAAGAAAAAUAUAAAGAACGUGCAUUUGCAAAUAAUACUUCUGUAAAUUUAUUUUUUGGAAUUCUUCCAUUUUAUUCGAGCAACAUAUCUAUAACACUACAACUUACAAUAGUUCUAAUGUUUGGAGUUCUAGUGUUUUGGUUUUUCCAUACUAUAUUUUUCUCUUGUAGUGUAAUAAAAUGUAUUAGAUGAGGUCUUAUCUCGUUACACAGUAUUCCU